GAAGGCGAAGGAGGGAGGGAGCCGGUGUCGCCUCAGCCGGGGAACUGAAGCUUCCCUCAUUUGAGAUAUACACAUCCAUGGAUGUGGGCUGGCAGCGGCCUGGCUCCCCCCUUCGCGCCCCUUUGGGCUGAAGGAGGAGGCGGCGUUGAAGGAGGAGGAGGAAGCCGCGGCGGCCGACGCGAGAAGGGAGCCUGGCGGAGGCGGAGCCGGCGCUCUAGCCGGGCCGGCCUGGACUCCGCCGUCGCCACCGCUUUUCCCAGCAUCAGCAGCCGCCGCUUUCCGAUAGUGUAUUCAGCCUUUUCCAGCAGGUCAUUCACAGACUUGGAGUGGCUGAAGAAAAAGUCCUCUGGGUGGCCUGGCCAUGGAGCAAAUGAAUUUGAAGUUACAGCUCUAACAUUAAGCAGGAAAGUAUGGGUGAAUUUUGCUAAAAUGGAUCUUGGAAGUUAAGUGAGAGAUGCAUCAAUGAAGAAGCUUCUGCUUUACAUGUUUUAAGGACAGAGCUCCAAAAGACUCAAAGCGUCAGAGUUGCCUGUGCUUUCAUAAUGAAGAAAAUUAGUCUCAAGACUAUUCGUAAGUCUUUUAAUUUAAAUAAGAGCAAAGAUGAAAGUGACUUUGUUGUAGUCACACAGCCAUCAUUGAAUGAUUUUGGAAAAGAUGACUCCUUGUUUGGUGGCUGCUAUGGUAAAGAUUUGGCUAGCUGUGACAUCAACAGUGAAGAUGAGAAAAGUGGGAAGAACAGAUCGAAAAGUGAAAGUUUAAUGGGUACGUUAAAAAGAAGACUUUCAGCAAAACAAAAGCAGAAAGGCAGCAAAGGUAGUACACCUUCUGUAAGCUCUGCUGAUGAUGAUACCUUUUCAUCAUCUUCUGCUCCAAUAACUUUCAAAGAUGCAAGAACUCAAAGGCCUCUUAGAUCGACAUCCCUCCGAAAUCACCAUUAUAGUCCAACUCCAUGGCCCCUUCGCCCAACAAACUCAGAAGAAACAUGUAUAAAAAUGGAAGUGAAAGUCAAGGCCUUGGUCCACUCAUCAAAUCCAAGUCCUGCACUGAAUGGUGUUCGCAAAGAUUUCCAUGAUUUGCAGCCAGACGGCAUGUUCCAGGAACAAAACAAUACAUUAAAAAGUACAGAAUCUCAAAAUGGAGAUUUGCAUCUUCAUAUUGAUGAACAUGUGCCUGUAGUUAUUGGACUUAUGCCUCAGGACUACAUUCAGUACACUGUGCCUUUAGAUGAGGGAAUGUAUCCUUUGGAAGGAUCACGUAGUUACUGUUUGGAUAGUUCCUCACCCAUGGAAGUUUCAACGGUUUCUUCUCAGUUGGGUGGUGGUGCAUUUCAUGAAGAGGAAGCUCCAGUUAGUGAAGAUGUAGUAGUUGCUCCAGAUAUCUUUGUGGACCAAAGUGGUUUAUUAAUUGGUACCACAGGAGUCAUGUUGCAAAGCCCAAGAGUGAAUCACAGUGACGUUCCUCCACUUUCUCCAUUGCUACCUCCAAUCCAGAAUAAUCAAAUCCAAAGGAACUUUAAUGGCUUGAAUGGCACAGAUGUCCAUGUGGCUGAAAGUAUGCAUUGCCAUUUGAAUUUUGAUCCCAACUCUGCACCUGGGGUGGGAAGAGUCUAUGAUUCUGUACAAAGCAGUGGCCCCAUGGUUGUGACAAGUCUCACGGAAGAACUGAAAAAACUUGCAAAACAAGGAUGGUACUGGGGUCCAAUUACAAGAUGGGAAGCAGAGGGAAAACUGGCCAAUGUUCCUGAUGGUUCGUUUCUUGUACGAGAUAGCUCUGAUGACCGCUAUCUUUUAAGUCUCAGUUUUCGUUCACAUGGUAAAACUCUUCAUACUAGAAUUGAACAUUCAAAUGGUAGGUUUAGUUUUUAUGAACAACCAGAUGUGGAGGGACACACUUCUAUAGUUGAUUUAAUUGAACACUCUAUCAGGGACUCUGAAAACGGAGCAUUUUGCUAUUCAAGGUCUCGAUUGCCUGGAUCUACAACAUAUCCAGUAAGACUGACCAAUCCAGUAUCUCGUUUUAUGCAGGUGCGCUCAUUGCAGUAUCUGUGUCGCUUUGUUAUACGCCAAUAUACUAGAAUAGAUCUGAUUCAGAAACUGCCUUUGCCAAACAAAAUGAAGGAUUAUUUACAAGAAAAGCACUACUGAAGGCUUAUGGGAACCUUGCAUCUUGCACUUUGGGAACAACAACAGCAAAUUAAAAGAGAGAGAUUGAAAUACCGUUUACAAACUUUAAUUGCUAUUAGUGUUUUGCUGCCAUAAUUUCAUAUUUUUUGCAUCAAGAAGGGUAAUGCGUUUUUAUUUGUUUCAUAGGUAGAGUCUGGGUUUUUCUUUUAAAAAUAAUGAUCUCAAGGUUUUUUAAGGAGUCAAAUAGCUAUCUUUCAUUCAGUGUGCAGAAUAAUCACAAUGUGAAUGAUAACGAGUUUUCCUAAAACUCCCCAUCUCCUUUGCUGCUAAUCCACUGUGAUUUUUAUGCAUUUGAAGCACAUUUCAUGUGUUUUCAACCAUAAGUAAAAGUUGAAACUUGAUGGGAUAAGUUUUGUCUUCUUCGAAUAGCCUGCUUUGUUUGUCCAUUUAUUUCUAAUCAAAAAUGGUUGUGGAUAAGAUAUGCUGGUAUCCAGAAUUCAAGCGUAUGCUUAAAAUGAUUCCCCAAUACCUUUAUUAAAAAUAAAUAGAUUGGAAGAAAUGUGUGAUGCCACACAAUUAGACAACAUAUCUUUCCAAGCCUCUGUUCUAAAUGGGUUCAAAGAUUGUAGAUGUCAUUAUUAUUUGUUCAUUCCUAAAUGUUUUUUUUAAUUACCUUGUGAAAAUAUAUUGAAAUGUUCAUGCUGUUUUUAAGCAAAGGAUAAAUGUAGUUUUAAAGCCAUUUUAAAAAUAUUUGAUUUCCCAGUAGAAGCUCUGGCUUGGAUUAAGGCAUAACAGCAUGUGGCAAUAUUUUUCAUUUUCAGGACAAUUUUAACAUGAUUUUUUUUUGCUCUAGUGGCAUUUUUUAAAAAAAGAAUGACUUAAUUGGAGCUCAGUGUUGCUUCCCAGUUAAAACAAAACUAAGACAUUAUCCUGCCAGAGCGAAGCAGAGAUGCCUUCUCUGUUUAUUACGAUAUAUUUAUUCAUUGGUUAAUUUUUUCCCCAUAUAAGUAAGUUGGCUUAAAAAGUAUCUAAUUUUGCUGAAUCAUUCCUUCUAUUUUAAAAAGUGGGUUUUUUAUUUGUUAAGCAUUCAUUUUCCAUCAUUAUAUUUUAUUUUAAUCAGCAGAGAACAAGGAGAUUUCAAAGGUAUCCUUCCGAAUUCUUAAUUUAAAUAAUUCAUGUUUUAAAGUCAAGAUUGGGUUAAUUGCAUUAUAAUGUAAUCACCAUGGAAAUGUUUCAGUGCAUUACCAGUUUCAUCCUACUUAUCUUGAUAUGAAACCAGGAAAAAUAAAUUCUGUUUAAAAUAUUUGGUGUGGGCAAAAACACCAAAUGUUGCUCCAACAGGAGGAUUUCCAUAGUACAGAUGUAUUGUUGAGUAUCUCCCUUCCAUUUGCUUAGGUCUGCACAGGGAAUUUUCCAGUGUUUUGGAAGGGCUAGAAAUGGGGCUUCUUCACCCAUGAAGCUCAAGCCAGAAAAGGUUGGUCUUGUUAUUUAAGACUGAAGCCUAAGAUUGUAGUCUUAUAUAUCUCUGUGCUGAAAUAAGUCUUGUUCAGUUUAGGGGGACUUGCUGGAGCCUUAAUUUCUCUAGAUUGGAGCAGUUUAACUUUUUGUUAAUGGGUAGACAAGUUGUUCCCAUGCUGAUUUUUUUUGCAUCUGAAAGGAAGUAUUACUGCUUCUAUUUCAUUUUUGUUUUAGGAGAGAUAUUGUGAAUAAAAAUCUUAACUAGAAAAAAAACAACUGAAUCCUGAAUGUUCCAAAAGAAAAUGUACAAUUUGGGAGUCUGGUUUUAAGACGGCAGAAUCUAUUUUGUGCCAUUCCCAUGUGUCUUACUCCGUUCCCCUUCUUUACUUUGAAAGUUAUGGUCAUGAUCAUAAGUAGCAUUUGUUUUCCCAUCCUAGGAAUUUGACUUUAUUUCUGUUCGUUUUUUUUUUUUUAAUUAAAGGGUGAUGAAGUUUAGACAAACAUUUGUUUUGGGGUUAUUCUCUCUUGCUUGUUCUACCUAGCCUUUUUUGUGCUGUGAAUGAGUUUAUAAUAUUAAAGUACAGUGUUGCUGCAAGGUGCUGCAAUGGCACUACAUCCUGGGUUGCCUGAAUCAAUAUGCUAAACUUCUAUUUUUUUAAAAUUUAUUUUUAGAUCAUAGUGUUUAAAAAGGAAUAUCAGAGGCAAAGCAUGUCUUGCUCUGGGAGAUAGAGGUGAAAAAUGUCUCUCUUGCCCAUUUAAAUAGAUUUUGAAAAAAAGAUAUAGAGAGAAUAUGUAUUGCUAAAUUCCUGAGCAAAAUAUAUGUGUUUCUGUGUGUCAUUUCCUGGCUUUGCCAUUCUGAUAUUUAUGCAAAAAUUUCAUUGUGUUUUCUGAAUUUUAGUCAUAAAGGAAGACUACAAAUUUUCUACAUAAAAGGCACAAUGAUAUUUAUUAUGGUACUAGGAAGAAUAAGGAAAUCAUUUUUUAUACAAUAGGAGACAUACUUUUGAGUAAAACCCUUGGCACUGAGGGAGGGCAAAUUCCCUUCUAUAAAACUUUAAAAAAGGAAUGGGAGGUUGGAGAUUUGGAGGCAGAGGAAUAUUCCUGUUAGAAUAAAGUGUAUUUUGGCUAAAUACCUGAAUUAAAUAUCCCAGUGUUUAACAAAAUAAUGAUUUGGGGAAUAUACAAGUUUGAUCUAUAAUAUCCCAGUCAUAAUGCUAUUCUGAGACAGUAAAUCUGCACACUUACCUUUUCCACCAUACCUUUUGAUCUACAGUUUAUCAAUAGUGAAAAAAGUUUUUUAAAGGGUUCCCAGUACUUGCAGUGUUCUUCUAACUUGAGGUGAUCAUCCUUUUUCUCGAGUUGCUAUAGCACCGUGUUGAAGGAUAAACACCUCUACAGUAUAGUUAUUAUGGUAAGUAGUACGCUCUAUCAAAUGGCAACAUGUGCCCUAGGAAAGAAUGGAGUGGGCCUGCCUCUCUUUUUAUUCAGCUUUAACUUUCACGUAGUCAGAAGUUCAUUUAUCAGCAACUGUUAGUGUAAAAACAGCCAGUGGUGCACAGUAAUCCUCAUCCAAAUGCAAAUGCAAAAGCAAAUAAGAGUGCAAGCACUAGCACACCACUGAAUUACUGUAUAUACUCAUGUAUAAGUCAGUCUCAUGUAUAAGUUGAAGGCAGGUUUUGUGGUCAAAAAUAUGGAUUUUGAAAUGACCCCUGAGUAAAUCAAGGCUCACUCCAUGGAGAGUGGAAAGCAGCAGUGUUGCUCCAAGGGGCCAGUUAUUCCCACUGCCAUUUUCUGGCCCAGACAUUCAAGAAGGCUAGAAGUGGCACUGCGGCAGACAUAGAGGAGCUCGGUGCUUCUUUUUGGUUUUCAUAGGAUGGGCUAAACUCUUGCCUUUUGUUACUCUAUUCAAAGGAGGAGCCUGAUUCUUUAUUGAUGUACAGCGCUUACAUUGACAAGUGAGUAAGUCAACUCAGGGUUUUGGGGGCAAAUUUUGAUUAAAAUUUCUAGACUUAUACAUGAGUAUAUAGGGUAUCUGCAUUUUUCAAAGACAGCUAGUGGAACAUUUUUUUCCCUAUUUUGCUGCCGCCAUUCAUUUGGUAACUUUGUGGAGCAGAGUGCAAUUCCAUAGUGAAGCUGGUUUUUAUUUCUUCUCUAUAUGGCCUUGAAACCAAGUGAGAAAACUUUUAAGAUGCUGCCCAGUAUUAUCUAUGCUGGAGGUAUCUCCUCCACACACAUUUUCUGUCCCCAGCCUGCUAAAGUUAUUAAGACAAGACAAAACCAUAGGCAGCUGCUCUGUGUAUUCCCAGGCCUCAGUUUGUCAUUUGAGGUAACUGCUGUUUGUUUGAGGUGAACAGCAAAUUUCAACCAUGUGUUACAUAAGUGAAUAAAGGCUGGAAUGUAUUGUGAAUGAAUACAUUGAAAGCACUUGGUAAAUUGUCUUUCUUAUCCUGUCCUUUGAACUUUGUGGCGAGUUUAUUCCUCAUUGCCACACAGGUUAUCAACAUUAUUGUGUAUUUGGGCUGCAUCAGUGAGCAACUUGCUCACAUGUUCAGUAUAAUAAAAUAAUUACAGCUCAUAAAAUCUUGCAUGAUCACAGUGCUGGGAAGUAGAAAUCCUUGUUCAUUGAGGUAGCUGCUACAAUUUUUGCCUGAAUUUUCUUCUAUCACUUUGCUCCCCCCCCCCCCCCCCAAUGCCAGGAGAUGACUCAUGCAAGAUGCCACACCAAGUCAUUAUUUAACAUUUAGAUUCUCAGACCAAGUGGUUUUAAGCAUUGAAACAAAGACACCUUCUAGAUAAAUGAUCACUAUCUGCUGUUUAGCAGUUUUUACAGCAGUAUGAGGGAAUUACCAUUCUUUAAACUGUUGAUCCUGUAUCAGCAUUUUUGUGCUACUGGAACACCAGCAGAAAUAACACUUUGUAAUAAAUGAAAUAUGAUAUAAUUGAUAUAAUAAUUAGGAUUGGUUAUUUAAAAAUUACUGCGAUCCCUGCAUCACAGAGGCUUCAAUAAUAAAUGCAAGUAGAAAUUAUUACUAUGGCAAAUGUAAAAUGCUAAUGUAAAUUUAUUGAAGCACAUAAUUAGCAUAAAAGUUAAUGAUAAAAUAGAGCAAUAACUAAGUAGCUGUUAGGCUGCAGCUGCUAUAUAGGUACCAAACAAAUAGCCCAUAACUCUUAAACCUGAAUGUGUCCCUUAAAAAAAAGCCAGUUUGUUUAAGUGUUAAGACAUGGCAAGCUCUCUUUUGUUCAUAUCUUUUUUGUAUAUAUUAUGAGAAAUCAAGUUUGAACUUCAGCAACUAUUCCUGAUCCUGCUAGAAUAAAGAUUUGCUUUAAAACAAAAAUGAAACCUGGUGUAAGAAACAAAGGGCGAAGUCCUGCCUUGGGGAUCUGCACAAACCAAGUAGGAUCCAUUAUACUUUCAAUAAUAAAUGGAAUUAUUCCUUUUGAAGAUUACAUGCCUCUAAUUGAUACCAUAUUUCUUUUGGAGCAAAGAAAAUCAAAUUAUGACAGUGUUGCUGAAAUGUACCUUGUUUCUUUGUCACCUUUCAGUAGGUGAUGAAAUAACAUCUAUGAAUUUUGGAACAUGCUGUAGUCCAGAUAACAUACAUAAAUAUAAAUCACUGGUUUUUCACACACCUGCAAUAUGCAGUAAUCUGAUAUUUGUGCAGCACCAUAAGGAACCAGCUGGUUUCCAUUGUCUGUCUUCCUCAAGUUUUAAAUCUUUUGCAUUAACACACACAUACUUGCUCAAUAUGUUUUCUCAGACUCAGUUCUAAAAAGUAUUUAUUUGAAACAAUCAGAACUACCAAAUCUAAUAUGGAUAUUUCCAAGGAUUGUGAUUUCUAAGUUGAUAGCACUGCUUGUCAAAUGGGGCAAUUAUGACUGUUUGAUUGUAGGGCCUCCAACUGUUAUUGUAAAACUUCCAGCAGCCCUAUCCAGCAUAACCAGUUGAGAGAGAUGAUGAGAGUCCAAAACACACCAACACACAAUCUAGAAUGCCAUGUUUUUCACCCACAGCUCAUGGUUCAUGUAUGAAACAGGUUCACUCAACUCAAGCCCAGUGAUGAUUUUUUCUUUCACGGGUGAAAAAAAUCAGAAGUGAAAGUUUUUCUUAAAAUCAUAGCAUCAGAAGGGAGUAAAUAAUAAUGGUUGGCUAAAUCAAUCUGAUCCCCCCCAUCCCGUGUCUGAGGAAGUUGAAUGGAAAGCAAGCUGAGGUAGCCAAUUUUGGUGAGGGGCUUUAAGAUCUAUGUAGAAGGAAAACAUUGCAAGACUGGUGAUUCAAAUGAAGGUUGGCCAUAUGCCUGUCGACAAAAUUAGAAUUACCCUUCAUUUUGUAAUUUUAAUCAUUAAAUUAUUGGUGAGGGCUUGGUUCUCCCCAACAUAAUUUCAAUUUUGUUUUCAACCCAGUUUUUCUUUUUCAUUGCCCCAGGUAUCAAUAUUUAGCUCAAGGUGCUUAUCUCUCUAAUAAUUCUUGCUGCUAAACUUUGCAAAACAUGCAGCUUUUCAUACAGAUGCAUUUCUUAAUAUGUAGACAUUGGAAUAAUUAAGUAAAACCAAAAUGCCAGCAAAAUACUGACUGUGAAUUCCAAUAAGGAAGGGUCUUCAGCUAUGUAAGUUUAAAAUGUUAAGCUAAAAUGUGGUCACAAAAGAUUGCUAUUAUUGUAUGUUUCAGUACUAUAAAAUAUGAAUAAUGUGUCCUUUAACAAAAAUGGGGAUAGUUUAACAUGACAAAAUACUGUAGAGUUUGAUGUAUUUGGAAAAUGGUCCAAACUCUUUAUGCCAAUUAUUGGGUGAGAAAUUCUAGAAUUUUGUAUUACGAUGUAUGGGUUGAAGAACUUUUAUAGUGGUGAUGGAGUGCCAUGCAAUUAAUACUAAAAUCCAGAUUGCUGUAGUUUACACUUUUCUGUAUGUUUCCAGCUAAGUGUGCUCUAUUUGUACUAAGCACACAACAGAAUGAAUUAUCCAAAGUCCAUUGAUUUUAAAUGUGUUUUGGUUUCUUAAAAAGAUUAUAGUAAUUUCUUGCACAUUUUUUGAAAAAUUGUAAAAGGAUUUAUGUAUCUGCUUCUAGAUACAGUAUGUAAAUAAAAAAUCACAAAAAUAA